AUGAGCUGUUUCUAUCGUACUACUUUCAUGGCGGACGUCUUCCAGAUCUCGCCGCCUCUGAGCCAUGGCGUUGGCUAUGGCAUCAUCGUCGGGGUUGGCGCUGCCUUUGCGCUCGGCAUGUCGGCCAUCUCGUGGUACCUUGCAGCGUACAUGAACGAGAAGCAGGAUACGGAGAUGUUCAUGACCGCGAAGCACUCGGUGAAGACGGGUCUUACUGCAUCGGCUGUGGUGUCAUCUUGGACGAUUGCUGCGACUUUACUCACAUCGACGAGCUAUGGUUACAGCUAUGGCGUAUCUGGACCGUUCUGGUACGGUGCAGGAGCGUCCGUUCAGAUCUUGCUCUUCUCGCUUGCUGCGAUUGAGCUCAAACGCAAAGCACCUUAUGCGCAGACAUAUCUCCAGCUCGUGAAGGUCCGAUACGGAACUGCAGCGCACCUCAUCUUCUGCACGUACUCUGGCGUCUUUCAGCUUAUCCAAACGGUGAACCUUCUGGUCGGAGGCUCAGCUGUAUUCUCGACUAUGACGGGCGUCAAUCGUGAUGGGUGCUGCUUUCUGCUGCCUAUUGGUGUGGUCAUAUACACGCUGGCAGGAGGAAUCAAAGCUACUUUCAUCACCGACUGGGUACACACAGUCAUCAUCUACAUCGUGAUGCUCAUUUCCAUCUUCGUGGUGUAUACAUCUUCUAGUAUCGUUGGCUCACCAGGGCGUAUGUGGACGCUUCUCCGAGAAGCUGCUGCACUACAUCCUGUCGAAGGCAAUGCCCAUGGCUCGUACCUCACGAUGAAAAGCGUUGAGGGUGGAUAUAUCGGCCUGGUCUUUCUUGGAGCUGGCUUCGCUGCAGCGGUCGACUCUCAGCUCUUCCAGAAAGCGAUUGCUGCUGAUCCUCGCGCGACUUCGAAAGGGUAUCUGUUGGGUGGGCUUGCAUGGUUCACCGUGCCAUUCGUUCUUGCGAGCACGUAUGGCUUGGCAGCUGCAGCGACUGAGCAUCUGCCAUCAUUUCCGACCUAUCCUAAUCGCAUGAAUGCGUACGAAGUGUCGAACGGCAUGGCGAUGCCAUAUGCUGCGCUUGCAAUUAUGGGGAAUGGUGGCGCAGUAGCGGUGCUUCUGAUGGUAUUCAUGGCCGUCACGUCGGCGAUGUCAUCAGAGACCGUCGCCACGACGGCCCUACUUUCCUACAACGUCUACCGCGCAUACCUCAAACCCGACGCUACAGAGCAACAACUCAAACGCUUCUCCGAAUACGCCGCAGUCGGCUUCGCAAUCGUCGCAGCAGCCAUCGCAGUCGGCAUGAACCACGGUGGCUUCUCAGUCGGCUUCCUCAUCACCGCCAUCGGCAUCUUCGUCGACUCCGCCAUCGUACCUACGGCAUGCACGAUCAUGUGGCGCAAGCAAUCGAAAGCAGCCGUGAUCAUCUCGCCACUUGUAAGCUCAGCAGCAGCCUUGAUCGCAUGGUUUCUCAAAGCUCAUACUGAGUAUGGCGAAAUCACGGUCGCUUCUCUGUCUGGGAACCUUCCCCUGGUGGCGGGGAAUAUGAUGGCGUUAUGCGGGCCUCUUCUGCUCACGCCAUUGAUUACAUUCAUCAAACCGCAGGACUUCGACUGGAAUAUUUUCAAGGAGCGCAUCAGGCCUGAUGACACCACUCUUGCGGCAUAUCAACACACGAUUCCCGAUCCUGCGACAUCAGUAGACGGACCAACACCAGAAGAAGACGAGAACGCCCUACUCCUUCGCUCUCGCAAUCGAUCCAUAGUCGCAAGCAUCACACUAACAUUGUCGCUUCUGAUCCUCUGGCCGAUUCCAAUGUACGCGACCGGCUACGUCUUCUCGAAGGGGUUCUUCGUCGGGUGGAUCGUGGUCGUUUUCUUGUGGGCUUUCUUCGCAGCUUCGACGAUUACCUUGAUCCCGAUAUGGGAGGGCAGGAAGACUAUUGUCGCUGUGACGAAGUCGAUGUUUGGGUUGGAAGCGAAGUCGAAUGGGAAGAGGGAGGAGGUUAUUCAUGGGUUGCCUGUUGAGGUCGUUGGGCCGAAAUCGGAUGAUGUUGCGGGGAGUGGUGAGAAGAUGUGA